UUUUCUCUCUUGCCAGCUUAUGCGAGGCUGCGUGUCUGUCUUACAUGGCUUGCUGGUUUUCCCUGCCAAUCAUCCAGUCACCGGCCCGCUAUUGGCACGGGAGGGGAGGUAAACGCACCGGCCUCGUCGGCGGAUGAUUAGGUUGCUUGUGAUGGUUGUCCAUUGCAGGUCGGGGGAAGAGAGGGAAGGGGGGAGUGGAAAUCUCUGCUGGAUCUUGUUCAAGUCGGAUCCCUGCACAAGUCGCAAGAGAGAGCCAGUGUGGGAAGAUCAAUUCCGGGAGGUGGAGGGAGGAGGGCGACCGAAGCAGUAAGGUACCGGCCCCGGUCUGCAUUAGGCGCUGCUCCGAGUCCCUGCCUCCCCCCAUCAAGGAAGCAAUGGAAUCGGUCUCUCUGGCUCAAGGGGAUUUGACUCGACUUAGGGCUCCUUCGGGGUGCGCGGAGUGGAGGUCCGGUCCUUGGAGUUAUUGGGUCUUCCAUGCUUCUGCAUGCCGGGUGGUGUUUGGGGAAAUGUCCGGAAGACGAGGAAGUAGAAGACGUGUCGACUGUCGACUGUCGAGGACGCUGUCCGGGGCCGUGCCUGAGGACAGGCCGUACCCCGCCAUGGCACCCAGGCAUCCAGGCGCCGAGGUGACUAUGCACUAGAUACUAACACUCCGGACAGCCGGAGUCUGAGUCUACUGCCUAGUUGGUACUAGAUUCCUACUCCUGGAUAUUGACAACAGACUACAUACAGACCGUUGGCCACUUUGGACCCCACGGUGCUGCCGCCUCGCCUGCAACCUAGCGGCCAAGCUAUGUCCCAUUCGCCAAAUCGUCUCUGAAUUGUCGGGGUGCUUUCUCAUGGUUACCAACCAUAAUCCGAACUAACUCAGGAACGUCGGCUUCGUGCCCCUAGCCUGCA